AUGUCUGUGAAAGUCUUGCUGCCUCUGGCUCUGCUCCUUAUCCUGUUGGGAGUGGCCCAACUCGGAUCGGCCCAGAGCCCAAAGACCUCGGAGCUGCUACAGAAGCUCCGCACCGACCUGGAGGAGCUGAAGACCGAGCGCUCAGUGAUGUUCGCACGUCUGAACGUGGCUGAGAAGGAGCUGCAGAGAGCCAGAGAAAUACCCAAGGUGGCAUUUGCUGCAUCUCUUGGAGGAAACGGGCUCCAGAAAACCACCUCAGGAAGCAAAGAUCUGAUCUACAGAGAUGUCCUCACUAACAUCGGACAGGCUUACAACCCAGAAACAGGCGUGUUCACAGCUCCGGUACGUGGUGUGUACUAUGUGCGCUUCACAGCUAAUGCUCCCACAGAAUACCCCAUGAGCGCAGUGAUGUACAGGAACAAUGCUCGGAUCGAGCUCAUCGCUCACGAACAGCCAUCAGGCCCCGGCAGUGACACGGCCUCCAACGGCGCCGCCCUGCUGUUGGAGAAGGGAGAUACUCUGAAGAUGGUCCUCUGGCACGAGACGCAAAUCUGGGACAACUCCAAUCACCACAGCACCUUCAGCGGCUUCCUGCUCUUCCCCCUAGUGGACGAGCCUCCGGCGCAGAGAGACCUGGACUCAGAGAUGAGGGAGCUGCAGGCGUCACUCACUGUGCUCCAGCAGGAGAACCAGGAGAUCCAAAAGAGACUCAACGCCACUGAGGAUGCACUGAAGGACAUAACAGAUUCUCCCAAAGUGGCAUUCGCUGCGUCUCUCGGAGGAAACGGGCUCCAGAAAACCACCUCAGGAAGCAAAGAUCUGAUCUACAGAGAUGUCCUCACUAACAUCGGACAGGCCUACAACCCAGAGACAGGCGUGUUCACAGCUCCGGUACGUGGUGUGUACUAUGUGCGCUUCACAGCUAAUGCUCCCACGGAAUACCCCAUGAGCGCAGUGAUGUACAGGAACAAUGCUCGGAUCGAACUCAUCGCUCACGAACAGCCAUCAGGCCCUGGCAGUGACACGGCCUCCAACGGCGCCGCCCUGCUGUUGGAGAAGGGAGAUACGCUCAAGAUGGUCCUCUGGCACGAGACGCAAAUCUGGGACAACUCCAACCACCACAGCACCUUCAGCGGCUUCCUGCUCUUCCCCCUGUGAGUCUGUAGGGGGCAGCACACUGCGCUU